AUGGAUUUGAAUCAGUUUCCUUCAGAAGUUGAUUUUGAUUUCCUGGAUGCUGUUAAUACAAGUCCUUCCUACUGCACUCAAGUACCUUUGGUUGAUGCAAGUGUAGAAGGUGAUGAGCGCAAUGGCGUUGACAAUCCAUCAAAUGCUGACGCUACAACCCAAAAUGCAGAUGGUUGUCCGCUUAACAACCAAGAAUCUACUAUUGUUACAGAAGAGGUUGUGGAAGAUAUUUGGUUGACACCACCAGUGCCAUACACAGGACAAGCAUUUUCCACUAAACAGGAAGCAAGAGAGUUCUACAAUUCAUAUGCAAAGAGGAUUGGUUUUUUUGUUCGUACUAGUACUACACGGCUAUCAGGGGUGACCAGAGAGCAGAACAAGGUUCAGUUCGUCUGCAACAAAGAGGGGCAACAGAGGAAAACGAAGGAAGAGCAACCAGUUGCUGAAACUGAUGAUAGCAAUUUUGAUGAAGAUUCAGAUCCUAAUGAUUGCGAUGAGAGGGCAGAAAAGAAGAAGAAGUUGGAUGGCGGCAAAAAGAGAAAGAGGGAAAAGAUGAUGCAUACAGACUGUAAAGCCAAAAUGGUUGUCAAACUGAUUGCUGGCAAAUGGCAUGUGAUAAACUUUGUGCCAGAUCACAACCAUGACCUUGUUUUGAAGCCAUCACUGAAAAAGUUCCUAAGGUCUCACAAGGGGAUACCUAAAGAGGAGAAGGAUUUCAUUGCAUUGUUGCAUGGGUCCAACUUGAGCACUGGUCGUAUAAUGCAACUUAUGAACGAGUUUUAUGGCUCUGCGCAGCUAGUUCCAUAUGAAGGAAAAGAUGUUAGCAACUUUUGCUCCACCAUUAGGAAAGCUAAAAAGUACAAAGAUGUUCAUGAGACCUUGGACUACUUUAAGGAGCUAAAAGAUCAAGAUGCUGAAUUCUUUUACAAGAUAAAGCUUGACGAAGAUAACAGAGUUGAAUCCCUGUUUUGGGUUGAUGGAGCUGCAAGGCGUGCCUACAUUGAAUUGUACAAUGAUUUGGUGACUUUUGAUGCUACCUAUAUGACAAACAUGUAUGAUAUUCCCUUCGCUCCAUUUAUUGGGAUCAAAAAGCAUGGGCAGUCGUUCAUGCUAGGGUGUGGCUUCAUAAGAGAUGAAAAAAACCCCUAG